AUGGGGUCUCUAUUUGCGAUUAUCACAAUUUGGUGUCUGUUAUUGGGUGCUGAAUCAAAGACACAUGAGGGAGAUGCAGAGGUUCUGAAGGAGCUAAAGCGAAGUUUGGAACCAGCUUCGGUCAUCCCAGGCUCUUGUGUCAGCUCCUGGGACUUCACCGUGGACCCGUGCGACAACCUAUUCGGCGAGAAAUUCACGUGCGGGUUCAGAUGCGACGUCGUCGUUUCAGGCCUGAGUCGGGUCACGGAACUUGCGCUGGACCAAGCGGGUUAUGUUGGCUCCUUCUCUUUCACGUGGAACCUUCCUUUUCUACAAACACUCGAUCUCUCCAAAAACCACUUCUCCGCCCGAAUUCCCGAUUCCUUUUCAAACCUAACUCGCCUCCGCCGACUCAGUCUCUCGUCGAACUCGUUCUUCGGCAAGAUACCACCUUCACUCGGCGCACUCCCCAGCCUCGAAGAGCUUUACCUCGAUAACAACAACCUACGAGGAACAAUCCCACCAGGCUUCCACAACCUUAAAAGACUCGAACUCCAAUCCAACAAACUCAACACCCCCCUCCCAAACUUGGACCACUUCACAAACCUAAAAUACCUCGACCUCAGCGAUAAUUCCAUCGCCGGAGUGUUACCGGCGUUGCUCCCUGCUUCUCUGGUUCAGAUUUCAAUUCGAAACAACAAUUUAAACGGUGUCUUAUCGAAUGAAAGCUUCAGGAACUUGACGAGGUUGCAGGUGGUGGAUUUCAGCUCCAACCGAAUGAGUGGUGUCAUUCCAUCGGUUUUCUUCGAGCUUCCGUCGUUGCAGCAGUUGACGCUGUCCUUCAACGAGUUCAGGAAGGUUGGAGAGCCUUACAGUGGAGUGGAAUCGCGGAGCGGGCUUAUAGCGGUUGAUUUGAGCAACAACAGGCUUGAGGGUUUUUUGCCGUCGUUCAUGGCGAUGAUACCGAAACUAUCAUCGUUAUCGUUGGAGAAGAACGAGUUCACAGGGCGAAUAGCGACCCAGUUCGCGGUGAAAACGGUGUUUCCCGAAACGGGAGUGUCCCCGUUGGGGAGGCUUCUGUUGGGGGGGAAUUACUUGGUGGGAGGGAUUCCUCGGCCAUUGUUAGCGCUGAAACGCGAUUCUGCGAACGUGAGUUUAGUUGAUAACUGCUUGUACAGAUGCCCUCAUAUUUUCUUUUUCUGCCAAGGAGGACAACAGAAGUCAUCGACGCAGUGUAAGAGAUUUGUUUCAACCAGUGACUAA